GGGUAUAUAGAAGGUUUCAAAAAGUUCGCGAAAGGCCAUCAAUCUGUUAUUUUGAACAUCAAAUCUAGUUGAUGUAAUAAAUGUUUCAAUGUCUGUGGCAGCUACGAAUGCAUAAACCAAAUGGAUUUGCUUUCAAAUCCUUACGCCAUCAUACAACAGCAACCUCCAAUUCCCCGUCAUUGCUUCGUGAAUUCACACAGUUUUGCUCCCAAAGGAACUUACCCAGAGCCCUUAAAACCAUGGAAGCUAUGCACAGACAUAACUUAUGGGCUGACUCAUUCUCCUACUGCGACCUCAUUAAAUGCUGCUUGGCUAAAAACGCCAUUGAACAAGGCAAACAAGUACACAAACACCUUUUCUCAAAUGGGCAUCGCCCCAAUGUAUUCAUACUCAACUCUUUACUGAAUAUGUAUGUCAAAUUUAACUUGUUGGAUGAUGCACGGGAGGUGUUCGAUAAAAUGCCUGAACGAAACGUUGUUUCUUGGACAACUAUGGUAUCAGCUUAUGCUAAUGCUAAACUUAAUAUCCAGGCGUUGGAGUUUCUGAUUCUUAUGUUUAGGGAAGGUGUGAGGCCGAAUAUGUAUACGUUUUCUUCUGUUUUGAGGGCUUGUGAUGGGUUAGUUAAUCUCGGGCAGGUUCAUGGUGUUAUUGUUAAGAGUGGGUUAGACUCUGAUGUUUAUGUUAGAAGUGCUUUGAUUGAUAGUUAUUCGAAAUGGGGUGAGUGUGAAAGUGCAUUGCGCGUUUUCGAUGAGAUGGUGACAGGGGAUUUGAUUGUUUGGAAUUCUAUAAUUGCGGGUUUUGCUCAGAAUAAUGACGGUGAUGAAGCUUUGUAUCUUUUCAAGAGAAUGACUAGAGAUGGUUUUCGAGCUAAUCAGGCAACGCUUACUAGUGUUUUGAGAGCUUGUACUGGAUUAGCAUUAUUGGAGUUAGGGAGACAACUUCAUGUUCAUGUGUUUAAGCAUGAUCGGGAUCUGAUAUUGAAUAAUGCUCUUUUGGAUAUGUACUGCAAAUGUGGCAGUUUGGAAGAUGCUAAUCAUGUUUUCAGUCGAAUGAUGACGGAGAAGGAUGUAAUCUCUUGGAGCACCAUGAUUGCAGGGCUUGCGCAAAAUGGUUACAGCAGUGAGGCACUGAAGUUGUUCGAGUCCAUGAAACUUUCAGGAACAAAGCCAAACUAUAUAACUAUUGUAGGAGUUCUGUUUGCUUGCAGCCAUGCUGGGCUUCUAGAAGCUGGGUGGUACUAUUUCCGAUCAAUGAAGAACCUUUACGGGAUAGAGCCAGUUAGGGAACACUAUGGUUGUAUGAUUGACCUUCUUGGAAGGGCAGGGAAACUUGACGAUGCGGUUGGGCUGAUAAAUGAAAUGGAAUGCGAACCAGAUGCCGUGACAUGGAGAACUUUGCUCGGUGCUUGCAGGGUGCACAAGGAUGUAGAUCUGGCUAUACAUGCAGCUAAGCAAAUUCUGCGGCUGGAUCCCAAAGAUGCAGGAGCAUACAUACUUAUGUCUAAUAUUUACGCCAAUGCUCAAAGAUGGGAUAAUGUGGCCGAAAUCAGGAAGACCAUGAAUGACAUGGAAAUUAGGAAAGAUCCGGGAUGUAGUUGGGUUGAAGUAAACAAGAAGAUUCAUGCUUUUAUUUUAGGAGACAAUUCGCAUCCACAGUUCAGUGAGAUCAACAAACAGCUGAAUAAGUUGAUUCAUAAGCUUAGAGGCGUGGGUUAUGUUCCAGACACAAAUUUUGUUUUGCUGGAUCUGGAGGGUGAUGAACAAAGAGAAAAUUCUCUACAAUAUCACAGUGAGAAGUUGGCACUGGUAUUUGGCUUGAUGAGUUUGUCGAGAGAGCAGAUAAUUAGGAUCAGGAAGAACCUUAGGAUAUGUGGAGACUGUCAUCUUUUUGCAAAACUUGUAACGAAGGCAGAAAAAAGGAUUAUUGUAAUCAGAGAUCCUGUCAGAUACCAUCAUUUCCGAGAUGGAGUUUGUUCGUGCCAAGAUUAUUGGUAAAUUAAUGCUUAAGGGUAUGAACAUGGAAGAAAGAAUGGACCCAUAGCCAAGUUUAAUUUCAACAAAGAUCACUUUCAUAUUAAUGAUAAAGGAAACAAUAAUCAUAAUCGGUGCCUGUAUGUGAUUCAUCUAACUUCUCUUGUGCUGGUUGAGAUUCACAGCUUCAGGCGAAAUGUAGAGAUCUGAUGGAAGUUCAUUUUUCCAGGCACUAAACACUAAUAUGAAAGCAGUCAACGGUGUAUUGCCAGAUUGUUCCGUAAUGGAAAUUAUCAAAGUUUAUGCAAUGGAUGCAAUUUAUGAGAGUCUUGAGGAUGUUCCUGACGAUGUUUUCCUGCUCCACCGUAUUUCCUUCUGAAAGACCUGAGUCGGGUAUUAAAAAAGUAUCCUACAUUGCCUCUGAAAGGAUCAUUUCAGGGUAUGGUGGAGGAAUGAGCUCAGCAAAGGCUGCAUUGGAGAGUGACACACGAGUGUAUCUAAAAUCCUGGCUGGUACAAAAUCAGAGUCAACAAAUAUCUGAUGGUAUGUUACCAUAUAUUGCUGCCUAAGUUCAAAAGACUCCAUUAGGCCAUUCUAAUCCAUGCAAUUUCGAUACUGAUAUUUCUUGAAUUCAAACUUAAAUAAUUUUUUUCUGCUUCUAAUGGAUGUGUUACAAUUUGCUAGCAAUCGUGGCAUAUUAAUUCCAGAUUAGGAAAUAAUUACACCUUCUGGAAAAAUUAUCAUUUGCUAGAUAACUAAAACAUCAUGGUGUUAGUCAAAAUGAUGGAGCCAUAGAGGUAAUUCCCUGCAAACUAAUCAGGCUGUCAAUGUUGGUUCUUGAAGCCUUUAAUUGAGGAUGAGCUGUGUCCAUACGAACCACUUAAGAAUCUGUCGGUCAGCUAUCUUAGGGUAACCAGAUUGUUUGCAUUGAUGUUGCUGAAUCUUCUGAAAGCUUAGACAUUCCACAAUUCCCUUUGAAGUUCAGAGCCACAAAUUACCAAACCUACUGCUACUGAACAAGCUAACUAACUAGUUGUAGUUUUAAGAUGUUUUUAAUUAACUGUAUUUCAUAUGAAUAUGUGCUUCAGCAAGUACAUGCACAUGUGAUCUUUUGACAUUGCAUGCUUUCUAGAACUGCCGGGCCCAUUACGAAGUCGCGCUGCAAAAGCAAUUGGUUUCAUUGAUAUUAUGAUUCACUAUUCAAUAGGCAAUGCAUCUCUACAGAAGGAACUAUCUGCAAUUGGUUUCAUUGAUAUUAUGAUUCACUAGUUUUUAUGUCAAUUUAUGAAUAAUCAAUUCAUUUCCAAAAUAUACAAAUUUGAUUUUCUCGGGGAGUAAUAAGCUUCUCUUUGCAUGUCAUUUUCUCUCGUCAACCAAAUGGCUUGUCGAAAACAACUAUGUUUUCUUUUUGAACUUGUUAAGCUAACUGUAUGUUUGAAACAAAGGAGGUGGGGAACGCAGCUGCCUUCCUGGCUUCAGCUAUCACCUGUGCUGUUAUGUAUGUGGACAAUGGUCACCGGUGCUGUUAUGUAUGUGGACAAUGGUCUAAAUGCGAUGGGAGUUGGAGUUGACAGUCGACUAUUCGAGAACCUCGACAUUCCAAAGUCAAAAUGAUAAGUCAGGUUGAAAUAACGACAUUCCUUAGUUGAUUUCAGAUUUUUUUGUUUCAAAUUAGAUAGAUAUUUGCAACACCUUAUAUGUUAUUUCUCGGGGAAUAUGUGAUUUAAUCCCCUUCGGAUGAGAGGAUAAUCUAUAUGUCUGUUUUAGUCCGCCCUUCUGCAACCUUGGUGUGCACAGACUAGUUUGAAUUACUCAUAGGUACAAGGUAUUCGAGUUA